UCAAUUUAAGUUUAUAUGUCUUCAGUGCAUAAAAAGCACUUACCGCUAUGGCUAAGAUGCAGGCUAGGGGUCGGCGCCGCAGUCACAUAUCAACUAUGCCAAUGUGUUGCAAAAAAGAAGCAGGUUUAUAGUGGAGUACAGUUGGGAGAUAUCUACCAUGAAGAAAGUCAACAAUCUGUACUUGGCUCAACCCGACCUAAUCAAAACCUUACUUAUCGGGAGAGUUUAAUCAACCCACCUGGAUGGAAACCUGGUGAACUAACUGUGAUUUAUUCCUUUCUCCUUGCUACCUAUAUUCUAGUUAUGAUAUCAAUACCCUUUCUCUUCAUUGGAAUAAAGAAGGGAGAAGGCAAAUACAUGAUUCCCUGGCUUGCAACGUCAAGUAUGACAACUGUAUCAGAUUCAACAAUCAACCUUUAUAUUCUCAUCUGUCAUAAGAAGAUUCGCUUUGAACCUUUGACUGCAUUUAUUUUUACCUCAGCUUUCUUCAUUUUCAUUAUACAGAUGUAUUCAAUCCUGUGUGUGUACUACCAGUACAGAAGAAGCAAGGAGGGCGUUUCUAGUAACCUGUUGGAGGUGGAGAGGGUGGAGCCAAGAUUCAUUCCAAAGCAUCCAGUGCUCAGAGGGAUGCUUAGUAGAAUAUCAGAAGUAGAUGAAGAAAAAUCAAGUGAAAUAUUCAGUGGUAAAAGUGAGAGUAAACCUGUGGAAAAGAUCUCUGAUGAAACUAAGAGCGGUGACUCUCCCAUUACAAUCUCUGCAGGUUCAGGCACUCUAGCAAACUGUGAUAAAAUAGCUAUAGAGAAGAAAGUGAACAAAGAUCACAGUAUGGAGAAAACAGAUGAGAAUGUGAUGGUUAAAGUUCGUGAAUCUGAGAAUGUUGGUAAAGUCCAGGAAAAUGAAAUGACUAAGACAGUUGGAAAUAGUUUUGAUAACAAAGUGAAAAAGUAUACAGUAAGACUAACAGACUCAGAGGACAUUAAGAUAUUUAACAGUAACGAUUACAAGGAAGACAAAGAUCCCUUGAUAAGUUCUCAAAAGAAAAAUAACACAAACUAUCAACAGAAAAAUCCGCCAACAGUUAUUCUAACAAGUCCGACAACUCAUCAUGAGAAAUUUGAACAAAGUGAGGAAAAACUAAAUGAUGUGAUAUUCCAGGAAUAUUACAAAACUAUAAACCAAAGUGUUCAGUUGGAUAAAAAUACAGUUAAAAUAAUGACCGAGAAGAAUGAAAAUUCCAAAAAGUUUGAAAAUGAUAAAGAUGUGAGUUGUGAAAAACAAUCAAAGAGAAGAGAUUCUGCAUUCAAGGGCAUUCUUUCUUCUUCCUUUGGAACAAACUUGACCUCCAACAUAACCUCCAACAUAACCUCCAAUAUAACCUCUAACAUAACCUCCAAUAUCAACUCCAGCAUAGCCUCCAGUAGGAGGUCCAGCAUUACCUCCAAUCAGACAUACAACAUGGUGUCCAACCUGACCUCCAAUAUUGAGCAAAAAAUGAAUUUAUUUUUCAUUCAAUCUAAGUUCUUCAGUGGUAGUAUCAUCUGUUCUGAAAAUAUUUUGACAAACCCCUGACACAAAUAUAUUUCAGAAAAUGAAAGAUUUGUAUCAUUAUGUCGUUCAAUGCGUAGGAAGCGACGCACAUGUAAGUUUUCUGAAAAUCAUAUUUUUGCGCCCAUUCCAGUUUUUAUGUCAUUUAUAAAAAUAAAAUAAAAGUAUUUUGAAAA